AUGGAAAUUCCAUCAUUGUCCGAUACUUGUGAAUCAAUUGCGUCGACAACAACUAUUAGUAAAAAUGAACUCAAACGUCGUCUCAAAGCAGAAAAAGCAGCGAAAUUGAAAGCUGAAAAAGCUGCUAAAAAAGCUGCUGACACUGCUUGUAAAAAAAACUCAACAAAAGACUCGACCUUGAAUGGAGACGAGGAUGAACUGGAUCCUACGGCUUAUUUCUCAAACCGGGAGAAAAUGUUACUUGAAUUGGAAAUGCAAGGAAUUAACCCUUACCCUCAUAAAUUUCAUGUCUCGAUUUCGCUGCGUGAAUUUCAUGCAAAAUAUCAUACUGUGGAAAAAGGAACCCAUUUAGCUGAUAUGGUUUCAAUUGCUGGUCGACUUCAUAGUAAACGUUCAUCUGGAUCAAAAUUAGUCUUUUAUGAUCUUCGUGCUGAUGGAAAGAAAUUGCAAAUUAUGUCUGACAUUGGUUCCUAUGAAAAUGAAACAGCAUUUAAUAAGAUUCAUAGUGUCUUACGUCGUGGAGAUAUUGUUGGUGUUGAAGGAUAUCCGGGAAAAUCAAAAAAAGGAGAAUUAUCGAUUUUUCCACAUCAAUUGGUUUUGUUGUCACCUUGUAUGCAUAUGCUACCAAAAAGUCAUGCAGGACUUACGCUACAACAAGAUACACGGUACCGUCAACGGUAUUUAGAUCUCAUUAUGAGCAAUGACAGUCGUGAAAUUUUUUACACUCGAGCCAAGAUUAUUAACUUUAUUCGACGGUUUUUAGAUGAUCAACAUUUCUUAGAAGUCGAAACUCCAAUGAUGAAUAUGAUUGUCGGAGGUGCGACAGCGAAACCUUUUGUAACGUACCAUAAUGAGCUACAUAUGAACUUGUUCAUGCGUGUCGCACCAGAGUUGUAUUUGAAGCAAUUAGUGAUUGGUGGACUUGAUAGAGUAUACGAGAUUGGACGUCAAUUCCGUAAUGAAGGCAUUGACUUGACCCAUAAUCCAGAAUUUACUAGUUGUGAGUUUUAUAUGGCUUAUGCGGACUACAAUGAUCUGAUGACAAUGACGGAGAAAUUGUUUUCUGAAAUGGUUAAGGAGAUUACAGGAAGCUACAGCAUUACGAUUCAGAAGGAACCGGGUGAAGAACCUGUCACGAUCGACUUUACGCCGCCGUUUAAGCGCGUGAGCAUGGUAUCUGCUGUGGAAGAAGCUACUGGUAUCACGAUUCCGAUUGAUGAUCCCGAAAAGUGUAUGGCAGUUUUGGAGGAACAAGUUACCAAGUACGAGCUGGAGUGCGCUCGUCCCCGCUCAAUCGCUCGUCUGCUAGACAAGCUAGUGGGCCACUUUAUUGAGGACAACAAGGCAAACUGGACCAAGCCGUUUUUUAUCAUGGAUCAGCCAGUGUACAACUCGCCGCUAGCCAAGUAUCACCGCUCGAAGCCAGCACUAACGGAACGUUUUGAACUCUUCCUGGCAGGAGCAGAGAUUUGCAACGCUUACACGGAGCUGAAUAACCCUAAGGUUCAGCGUGAGCGUUUUAUUGAGCAGAUGGAGCAGGCUGCUGCUGGUGACGAUGAGGCCCAGCCACACGACGAGUCUUUUUGCACGGCCAUGGAGUACGGCUUGCCGCCUACUGCUGGAUGGGGCUGUGGUAUUGACCGUCUGACCAUGUUUUUGUCCAACCGCUUCAACAUCAAGGAGGUAUUGCUCUUUCCUGCCAUGAAGCCGGACGAACAGGUUGCUCCGGUUCCUUCGACCAGCGGCUCGGUCCCGCUGAUCUCCACGACGGGAUCAGUAGCUUUGGACGAGCUAGAGAAGCGUCUAGUUGGAUCUACUUUUGUGAACGGCUCGUCACCCUCAAAGGACGAUACGGCUGUGUUUGAGCGAGUGAAGGUUGUAGGUAAGGAUAUCUUGACAAAGUACCCAAACGUCGAGAAGUGGUUGGACUUUGUGACUGCGUUCCCAAAUGAACUGCGUGCCAAGUGGUAG